GGCGGGCGGCAGCGGCACUCGCAGUCCGGCGCGGAGCGGCGUGCGGCCAGGCGGGCGAGCGCAGCCGGUUUAUCAAUAUACAGUCUGCACGGGUUUAAUACAUGACAAGGAGACAAGCAAUCUGUGGAGAACGGCAGUGGAUGUGAUGCAGAUCAGCAAGAAAGAGAAAUUAAGGAUGAAAAAACAGCAGUUUCUGAAGAAUCAGCAUGCUUUGUAUGUAUAUAACAUACUUCCUCCCCCUGGUGACCUGGAGGUGAAUGAAUCUGGCCUAGAAGAUGGCAGAGGCCAUAUGAGGACAGCUGUAUUCACAAUCCCCACCUUCUGCCCAAGCAGUCUAUGGAGAUUGUGCACUUCAAAAUAAUAUCAUAAAGACUCAUCAUUUUAAUCAGUUAUUGGUUAUACCUUGGGGACUUUCCACAGACUUCCACUUGAUACUGCUUUUAAAAUGAAAAUUUUCAGACUGGAGUAUGUUGAACUAUUAGCUGUUUGCACUUGGAAGAAUAUAUAUCAAACAUCUGAUAAAAGCCUUUGAAGGAAAGCAAUUGAAGUGAAAGUUGGACACAACUAGUUUUCUUUAUCUUGGACAAAGUAUUAUGGACAACUGAUGGAUGGGAUCCUCAAAAUCUUAGGAAAACUGUCACUAACAGAGAGCUAGCAUUCAAAUAACAGAGAAUUCCAAGAAAUGGAAGCUGCUGCUAGUAAAAGAAGAAAAGCUGAGUAUCAUCAGGGUUAAUAGCUGCUACCCAAGAUCCAUGAAUGAUUACAGAGUUACUCUUCUAUAUCGAACUUUCCAGUUUCAUUAGUAAUAUGCUGCCAGUCUGGGAUAUCAGUGCACUGAUGGUGAGAAGGCUGUAUAUUCAUUACGCUGAAUAGAAGAGCUACAGGAACAAUGGCUUCAAAGGUCUCGUGCUUGUAUGUUUUGACAGUAGUUUGCUGGGCAAGCGCUCUUUGGUACUUAAGUAUAACUCGUCCUACUUCUUCCUACACUGGCCACAGACAGCUCAAUAGCAUAUCAAUAGCCAGAAAAAACGUUUCCUUUGGCAACAUAAGAACUCGACCUAUAAAUCCACAUUCCUUUGACUUUCUUAUCAACGAACCUAAUAAAUGUGAGAAGAGCAUCCCUUUCUUGGUUAUUCUUAUCAGCACAACUCACAAAGAAUUCGAUGCAAGGCAAGCAAUUCGAGAAACGUGGGGAGAUGAAAACAACUUUAAAGGAAUUAAAAUUGCCACUCUAUUUCUUCUUGGAAAAAAUGCAGAUCCCGUGUUAAAUCAAAUGGUAGAGCAAGAAAGCCAAAUUUUUCAUGACAUUAUUGUAGAGGAUUUUAUCGACUCUUAUCAUAACCUCACUCUGAAAACAUUAAUGGGGAUGAGGUGGGUAGCAACAUUUUGUUCAAAAGCUAAGUAUGUUAUGAAGACAGACAGUGAUAUUUUUGUAAAUAUGGAUAAUCUUAUUUAUAAGCUUCUCAAACCCAACACCAAGCCGAGGAGAAGGUACUUCACUGGUUACGUUAUAAACGGAGGACCAAUACGAGAUGUUCGCAGCAAGUGGUACAUGCCCAGAGAUUUGUAUCCUGACAGCAAUUACCCGCCCUUCUGUUCAGGCACUGGCUACAUUUUUUCAGCUGAUGUAGCAGAACUGAUUUACAAAACCUCCCUUCAUACCAGACUCCUCCAUCUUGAAGACGUGUACGUCGGACUCUGUCUUCGGAAGCUGGGCAUUCACCCCUUCCAAAACAGUGGCUUCAACCACUGGAAAAUGGCCUACAGCUUGUGCAGGUACCGCAGGGUGAUCACAGUGCACCAGAUAACACCAGAAGAAAUGCACAGAAUUUGGAAUGACAUGUCAAGCAAGAAGCAUCUUAGAUGUUAAGAUUUUUACAGAUGUAAAUACCUUUUUUAAAUAUUGCUUUAGUCUGUUUUUUUGACAAAGUGAUGUACUGAUUUACAGGUUAAACUGUGGGAUAUUACUGUGAGAGGAUUUUUAAUGACUGAUUUUUCAUUCUCAUUUUGACUACUGGUUUACAGACUUCAGGCUCUUUUCAUAAGGACAUUACACCAAUCGAAAGGAUCUAGAGUCAACUCUCAGAUUUUGUAUAUUAUCCUCUGUCACACAUAUCAGCUCCUGCAUCUGUACAUAAACGGACAGUAAUAAACUAUCAUGAGCUGCUUACCAGUUCAUGCCCCAGCCUCUGAGGUAAGACUCAGGCCUAAGAAAUGAAGAAUUACAAAUAUACUUUUAUCCCUUUUUGACACCCUACAAUCAUCCCUACUCAGAGCUUUGUUAAUAAAUUGAACUGUAUAUAUUUGCACUGAUCUUACACACCUACCUUAGCAUCUAUGUCUUAUAGUACAAUGUGUGCAAUCUCCAAACAGCUUACAGAUGGCGCAGUACCAGAAUUUAGACAGGUAAGAACAUCAAAGUCUCAUAGGCCUUAGAAACAAACCUACACUCAGAAGAAUAUCUUUAUUCCCCCAAAUCACAUCCCUUUAAAUCAUUUCAGAAAAUGCCCCACUUCUUUCUACUGCCAAAAGUAGCCCCUAAAAUAUCAAGUCAAUUUUUAAAAUGAAGUAGGAUCUGUAGAUGAAAUAUAAAAAACCAGAGAUGUAUGAAAAUACAUCUUAAAUAUCUGUGAUAAGAGUAUGAAUAUCUUAAUUUUAAAGCAAAUGCAACAUUUCUCAUUAGUAUGGGUGCAUGUGGAUCUCUUAUUUAGGAAUACUUUAGUGGGUCCAAUAACACUAUCACAGACUUUUUUUUUUUUUUUAAGAUGAUUGAGUAUCUUAUAUAGCAAUAUAUGAUUGUCAGUUAAUAAGCAUCGUAUUCCUUCAACAUCAGUUGGUAAACUAUGUACCUGAAAAAAAUAAAAUAAAAUAAAUAAAAGUAAAGGCAAAAGAACAUUUCUUAAGGGUAAACUACUUUUUGCUAUAGUGCAUAUACGAAUGAGAUUAUACCAUAUUUUUAGUGGUUUAGACAAGCAGAAUUUUGUCCCACCCAUUUUUUGUCAACUGAAGAACUUACAGAGUACAUAAAAGUUACGUACA